CUCGCGUCGUACGUCACACCGUAAUAGACUGGUGCUCAUCCACUGCCUGCAUACGUAUACGUACACAAAAAUCAACGAGAAUUCCAUUUGUACAAGGAUUAAAAAUUGUUUUGUUUAAACUAACAGUGAGAUUGUGAAGUGAUUUUAUUAUUUAUUAGUGAUUAUUUACAUGACAUUUCGUAUCAGUUUUUGUGUUAUGAUUUUUAAAAAAAGUUCACCAUCAUGGAUCGUCCGGGUUGUUCUAAAUUUAACUACGAAGUGAUGUGUUGAUCGGAUUUAUCAUUUUUACUACAGAGGGCGUAAUUGAAAUCUAGUUCUACAUUAUCAAACACCACUACAUAAAUGUUAUAUGACUUAAAACAAUCAUCUUACAUCAGUAGUAAACCAGUAAAAAUGUCAUCCCAAAGAUUUUGUUUACGAUGGAACAAUCAUCAAUCGAAUUUACUAUCAGUAUUCGAUCAGCUACUUCACGCAGAGACCUUUACCGAUGUAACUUUAGCAGUAGAAGGGCAGCUAUUGAAAGCUCAUAAAAUGGUAUUAUCUGCUUGUAGUCCUUAUUUUCAAGCACUAUUUCUAAACCAUCCUGAAAAGCAUCCAAUUGUGAUAUUGAAAGAUGUGCCCUAUGCAGAUAUGAAAUGUUUGUUAGAUUUUAUGUACCGUGGUGAAGUAUCUGUAGAUCAAGAUAGAUUAACAGCAUUUCUGAGAGUUGCUGAGAGCUUAAGAAUUAAAGGUUUGACAGAGGUCAAUGAGGAAAAAUGUGAUAUUCCAGCCAUAACUAAUAGCCUACUCCAGCAGCAAACUAUGACCACUCCCCCGCAGUUGCAUAGGAUACACCCUUAUUUAGCACAAAGGCCAAAGCAACAUAAUGCAGCGCAUAAUAUUCUAAUGAAUCCAUUGUUGGGAAAUGCAUUGAUGCAACCGAAAAGAAAGCGAGGUCGACCAAGGAAAUUAUCUGGAAGUUCUAACGGAAUUCCCGGUGUCACUAAUAAUCAAGAUGAUUACGAUAGAUUAGGAGGUCUUGGAGAUAGAUUGAUACAGGGAUCACCAGAAAUGUUGGAAGUUAAAAUGGGUAUGGAUAAUUUCCAAACAAGUGGUGGAUCUGGUAACGAAGCUUCAAAUGAUGAAAACUCAAUGCGAAUGGAUGAUGAGGAAAUGACGGAUAAAGAAGUUAGUGAAAAUACAGAACCUAUGGCUGGCACAUCAAAGGAAAAUACCCCGAAAAAAGGAAAAGAAGAUAGCAAUGAAACACAAUCGGCUGAUUUAUUGAUACCCAAGUUGGAACCACUCGAAGCUCGUCCACUCGUCUCUGAAGCGAAAAUUCGCGUAAAUCCUCUGACGCAGACAGCGACAACGUCUAACAGUAACGCGCUAACAUUUAAUACUCAAUCACCGCGCGGAAACAAUCAGACGGAUUCGUUAAACAAUAAUAAUAGCAGUAAUAACAAUAACAUUACGAAUGCCGCGGCCGGAACGGUCACGACGCCUCAAACGGCUCAAAAUGCACCUAAGAACUCUCGGCGCAGGGCCCGGAGACGUGCCAACAGCGCGUCGAAUGACCCCGCGGAACAGUUAACGGAAAUGUCUGUACGCGGACUGAACUUAUUCCGCUACGCCAGUGUGAGCGAGGGUAUCUACCAGUGCACAGAAUGUGCGAAGGAAAACAUUCAGAAGACAUUCAAAAACAAAUACUCUUUCCAAAGGCACGCCUUUUACCACGAAGGCACGCAGAGAAAAGUAUUCCCAUGCCCCGUAUGCCAGAAAGAAUUCUCAAGGCCGGACAAAAUGAAGAACCAUAUGAAAACUACGCACGAGUGCUACAUGCCCAAAGAUUGCAUGCCGAUGGGCAUGUUUUACCAAGCGCAAAUGGAAAAUAUACAACAGAACGUCGAACAGCCGCCAAUUGUUACUGCGGCUGAAGUGGUGGAGCCCAAAAAUAUUAUGUUGCCACCCACUAUAGCUGCUACAAUAGAUAACAGACCUUUCCAAGCAUGAAAGAUAGAUUUAUGAGCACGGUAAAUUCCAGUUGCUCGUGUGCGUCAACUUUAUUUAGUCUUGUUAUAUAUAGAAAAAUAAAAUUUUGUUACAUGAUUUAAUUGAACUUUUUGAGUGAGAGUAUAAGCUAUAUUAUUAGCUUACCAUUUACAUAAUUAUGAAUAUUCAAAGCUAUGUGCAAAAUGCAGUACUGAAAAGCAGCAUGAGCUUUAAAACAUUUCAGUAUAUAGCAGAUUUCUUAUAAUGUGUGGCAUAUUUGAACCUGUGAAACAUUGCACAUAAUCUUUCUUUUUGAAUCCUGAAAGUAUUUCAAAACUUCGUAACUAAUAAUUAUUACGUAAUAGAAAAAACUACUAAACACAUGAACUUGUUAAAUA